AUGCGCGACGCAAAUGCAAACGAACGAACUGCACUCACCACUGGUAGUGGUGGUUCAGAUUCAUUCGAAAUUUCCCCCAAAGAAUUACAAAAAUUAAUGGACUGUCGUAAAUUGGAGGCUGUUAAAUAUCUUAAUGAAAAAUACGGUGGAGUUGUAGGAUUAUGUCGAUUGCUUAAAACAUCUCCACAAGAUGGUUUACAUGAAGAAGAUUUCUCUAAACGUAUUAAUACAUUCGGUGCUAAUGUUAUACCACAACAACGUGCUAAAACAUUUUUACGAUUAAUGUGGGAAGCUUUACAAGAUUUAACUUUAAUUGUUCUAAUUGUUGCUGCAUUCAUUUCACUUGCUUUAUCACUUUAUAUAAAAUAUGGACAAGCACCAACAUUUGAUGAAUCAGAAGGACAAGCUGGUUGGAUUGAAGGUCUAGCUAUUUUAAUUGCUGUAUUUGUCGUUGUAUUUGUUGUAGCAUUGAAUGAUUGGCAAAAAGAACGACAAUUUCGUGGUUUACAAAAUAAAAUUGAAUCAGAGCAUACAUUUUUUGUUAUACGUAAAGGUGAUACUAAACAAAUUCCUGUGAAAGAAAUUGUUGUUGGUGAUGUAUGUCAAGUGAAAUAUGGUGAUCUCCUACCAGCUGAUGGUAUAGUUAUACAAUGUAAUGAUUUGAAAAUUGAUGAAAGCUCUCUAACUGGUGAAUCGGAUCAAGUGAGAAAAAACGAAACAAAAGAUCCUAUCCUACUUUCAGGCACUCAUGUUAUGGAAGGUUCCGGUAAAAUGGUUGUCACUGCCGUUGGACCAAAUUCACAAGCUGGUAUAAUAUUUGCUUUGCUAUCUUCUGGUUCUCAUGAUGAACAUGGAGGCGGUGGUCAAGAGAAGAAGAAAGAGAAAGGCAAAACUAAAAAGAAUGGUAAAAAAGGGAACAAGAACUCUGACAAGGUACCAUCUGCUAAUUCCGAUGCUUAUCAAAUGAAAUCAAAGAAUAAAACAAAAUCUGAAUCUGAUGCAGAGCAAAGUUCGAAACCGAAGAAAAAACCACGUCGUAAAGAACAAUCUGUGUUACAAGCAAAAUUAACUAAAUUAGCUAUACAAAUCGGUUAUGUUGGUACAUGUGUUGCAAUAGCUACUGUUCUAAUAUUAAUCAUAAAAUUUUCAGUACAUACAUUUGCACAAAAUAAAGAACCAUGGCAAACUGGAAAACAUUUAAAACAAAUAGUCAAUUAUAUUAUUACUGGUGUAACAGUAUUAGUUGUUGCUGUUCCAGAAGGUUUACCACUUGCUGUCACUUUAUCAUUAGCGUAUUCAGUGAAACGUAUGAUGAAAGAUAAUAAUCUAGUCCGACAUUUAGAUGCAUGUGAAACAAUGGGUAAUGCAACAGCAAUUUGUUCAGAUAAAACUGGUACAUUAACUACAAAUCGUAUGACAGCUGUUCAAUGUUUCAUUGGUAAUAAACAUUAUAAACGUAUACCGACAGCUUCAGAACUACCAGAAUCUAUCAUCAAUCUUAUAGUAAUGAAUAUAUCCAUCAAUAGUGGGUAUACAUCGAAACUUUUGCCUCCAGAUAAUCCAAAUGCUUUACCAAAACAAGUUGGAAAUAAAACAGAAUGUGCUUUAUUAGGUUUUGUUAAAUCAAUUGGACGUAAUUAUGAAGAUAUACGUACACAAUGGAGUGAAGAACGUUUAUACAAAGUGUAUACAUUUAAUUCAAUACGUAAAUCAAUGAGUACAGUUAUUAAAGAGUCAGAUAAUCCAAUGUCAUUUUUAUUAUUUACUAAAGGUGCUUCAGAAAUGGUUGUUAAAUGUUGUUCAUGGAUGAUGGAUGAACAAAAUAGACCAAGACCAUUCAGUUUACAAGAUCAAGAACGUUUAACUGAAGCAGUAAUUGAACCAAUGGCAGGUGAAGGUCUUCGAACUAUUGGUAUAGCAUAUAAAAAAAUUACAAUAGCUACGAAUUCCAAAAGUCCAAAUGAUAUGAUUGUACAAAGUGAACCAAAUUGGGAUGAUGAAGAACAUUUAUUAGAAGGUCUUACUUUAUUAGGUAUUAUUGGAAUUGAAGAUCCAGUUCGACCAGAAGUACCAGCUGCUAUACGUCAAUGUCAAAAAGCUGGUAUUACUGUACGUAUGGUAACUGGUGAUAAUGUAAAUACAGCACGAUCAAUUGCAAUGAAAUGUGGUAUUAUACAACCAGGUGAAAAUUUUCUUGUUAUUGAAGGUAAAGAAUUUAAUCGACGUAUUCGUGAUAAAGCAACUGGUAAAGUUAGACAAGAUUUAUUUGAUCAAGUAUGGAUUAAUUUAAGAGUAUUGGCUAGAUCUUCACCUCAGGAUAAAUACACAUUAGUCAGCGGGAUAAUUAACAGUCGUGCAGCGCCAUCACGUCAAGUAGUCGCUGUUACUGGUGAUGGUACAAAUGAUGGUCCAGCAUUGAAACGUGCAGAUGUUGGUUUUGCAAUGGGUAUAGCUGGUACAGAUGUAGCAAAAGAAGCAUCUGAUAUUAUAUUGACAGAUGAUAAUUUUUCAAGUAUUGUUAAAGCUGUUAUGUGGGGUCGUAAUGUAUAUGAUUCAAUUACAAAAUUUUUACAAUUUCAAUUAACUGUAAAUUGUGUAGCAAUUAUUGUUGCAUUCGCUGGAGCAUGCUUUUUAGAUGAUAGUCCAUUGAAAGCUAUACAAAUGUUAUGGGUCAAUUUAAUUAUGGAUACAUUGGCUAGUUUAGCAUUGGCUACAGAACAACCAUCAGUGGAAUUAUUAGAUCGUGCACCAUAUGGACGUACUCAACCAUUGAUCAGUAGACAAAUGGCUAAAAAUAUCAUAGGUCAUUCAUUAUAUCAAUUGGGUGUUAUAUUUUUCUUAUUAUUUUAUGGUAAGUCAAUUUGAUUGGUCAAAAAAUGAAUGUAUAUUAUUGUCCUUGAAUCAUAUGAUACUAUUAAUUAAUAUAACUUGAAAGUCUGGUCUAUUAUUGAUAUACCAACGUGAUCAGCUGAUUUUUUGUUGUUGUCAACCAAUCAAUACUCUGUAGUAUUGUUCCAUACUGAUGCUCCUAACUAUUCUAAGAAAGAAUAUUAGAUGAGUCUGGACACAUGCGUUCGUAUAUUCCGAUGGAAGUUCUUAUAAUCAUUCUAGUAUUUCAUAUGUACUUCCUGAGCCAAUUGUCUUGAUAUUAUCAGAUUCCACUGCUGUUUACGAGCCAACUCUUAAGAAGUAAUAAAUUCGCUCAUUCGUCAAGUACUUAGGUAUAAGUCACACUCCAAGUGAGAGAGAUAAAGAUACUAAUCAGUUGCCUAGACUGAAGUAGGUGAGUCAGAGUUCGGAUCUGGGACUCAAGUGCGAGUAGUCGAUCUUAUUAACCUUUAAACCAUUGCUUCACUUCACCAUCAAAAAUCUACCUUCCGAGAGGUUAAAUUUGCAUUAGUUUUUAGAUAAACUAGACAUGUUCCAGGCUUUUACACGACCUGAACAGUACAGCUCAGUACUAUGAUGCAACCAUAUAAGUACCAAGAAUCUUGAUAGACUUAGUAAAUCCAACUUUAUUGAAAUACUUGUGUAUGUCUGUGAAUAUUGUGGAAAGCGACUCGAUUGCUAUCUUAAAUCUCAUUGGUUCGAGCACAAAUUACAAUCCAGCAGGAAAAGUGCCACAGUCGGAUUCAUUCUCAGAAGGGGUUUGGUGGAGAUUUUGGUAAUUUUAUAGAGUUGAGAUUAUAAGUCAAUUGAAGUUAGACCACCAUCAAAAACCUGGAA